AUGCCUUCUCCGGCGCUCGGAGGAUACAGCCCGCUGCUCGGCGUCUACGGCGUAGUAUCGUUUCUCCGUAACGUAGUGCUACUCACGUCAUCCUCACUCAUCCUCGUCACUUUCAUUGUUGUUGGGUACCGUCUGUUUCUUCACCCUUUGGCUCGCGUACCUGGGCCCAGACUCGCUGCCAUUUCGAAUGUGUGGUAUGCUUACCAUGUUCGCAACGGGCGUAUGCUCACGCUGGGAAAGACGCUUCAUAAGCGGUACGGGCCGGUCGUGAGAGUUGGGCCGAAUGAGGUUUGGUUCGAUUCUGUAGAUGCAUUCAAGCACAUUUAUCGAGCCGGUAGUGGUUAUGAAAAGUCCGAUUUCUAUUAUACACUAGACUUGCUAUCCGAACGUAACACGCAACGAUACCGCUUACAACGGCGUCUCAUCGGACCGCUCUACCAGACAGCAUACCUCAAACGGCACGAACCUGCUCUCGACGCAGUCCUAGCUCGAGUGAUAGCCACGCUCCGUUCUCUCAACGGCGCCGAAGUAGACCUCAAGGAAUGGAUGCACAUCAUAGCCGUCGAGUCCCUCUCAGCUGUCGUCCUAACCUGGUCACCAAACUACCUCCGCGACCACACAGACCACUCUUCCAGCACCCACGGCUACCUCGGCUGGCGACGCAAAUCCGUCUUUGGGCUCUUCCCUCUUGCCGUGAAGGCGGAGCUGUUCUCCAAAGCAUGCGGGAGAACGUUUGCUAACCUCUGGCGCGUGACGUACAAGACACCAAAGAACUUCAAGCCAUUCUUCACCGGCGUCUACCGGCAGGUCUCGCGGAGGGUCACCUCGUCCUUGGCGAACAAGCCGGUCUCGAAGAAUGAUCGCAAAGAAGACUUCCUCGUGGAUCUGAUCCAGCUACACAAGGACAAGCCCGAAUUCACGGAGCAGUAUCUCCGUCGGAUGGCCAUCACUAAUUUCGGGGCCGGACAUGAGACCAUGUGUUCCGCGUUGACGUCCAUCAUGUCCAUGAUCGGAUCACACUCUGAGGCGCAGAAACGGAUUUCCGAGGAAGUUUGCUCCGCGGCCGAAGACCCAAAGGUGUAUGAUAACGCCAUCCGCUUAGACUAUACGCAAGCAGCCAUUAAAGAAGCGCAACGGUUAUAUCCUGUCCUCGGGAUGGCUCUGCCCCGCACGGUGCCCCCUGAAGGACUUACGGUCCAUGGAAAGACCUUUCCAUCCGGGACUACCGUCGGCUGCAACCCUGUCUCACUACACAGGAACCCUUUAAUAUUCGGCCCAGACGCGGAAGAAUAUCAUCCGGACCGCUGGCUGGACACGGAAAGGGAUCUCAAGGGUAUGGAACGGUUUAAUCUUACUUGGGGCGGGGGCGGAAGGAUGUGUCCCGGACGACACCUCGCGGAGCUGAUCGUUUACAAGACGAUACCGGCGCUUAUGGAGCACUUUGAUUUGGAGGUUGAGAUGCCGCCUGAAGCAGAGAUACAGUACUACUUCAUGGCGAUGCUCACUGGGGUGAAAGCCCGGUUUUUGCCCAAGAAAGCAGGAAAUUCAUGA